AUGCUGUGUUGUAACCUCAAGCUGAGUGUUUUGUCAUCUUGCUGUGGAUGUGACAUGUAAGGGAUUGAUCCAACUGAGGGACACUCACAGUAUUGUGGUGAUUUCUCAGACAAGCUGCGAUCUCGCUGUGAGUGCAGCAGACAUCAUGUGAUGGAGGAGUGGCCAACGGAAAAAAUCAGGAAGCACAUCGACGCAAGAAACAAGUCACGAGAAAGCUUUCAUCAUGGCCUACCAGGCUGGGAAUCCAGAGGAGCCCAGUGUUUUGGUUAACCAGAUCAGCUCCAACAUCCAGAAGAUCACACUGCUGAACUCCGAGCUGCAAAGGGCAAUCUCUGUGCUGGGAACUGAACAGGACAGCAGCUGGCUACUACAGACGAUUCAACAGAAGCAGCAACAAGGCAACCACUUGGCAAAGGAGACUGACCGACUGAUGAAAGCAUUUACUGCACUUCCGGUUGGUCCUGAUCAGCGUCAGAGAAAGAUACAGAAAGAGCGCCUGCUGAACGACUUCUCCGCUGCUCUGAACAGCUUUCAAAAGUCGCAGCGAGAUGCCGCCAGCAAAGAGAAGGAGUUUGUGGCCAGAGUCAGAGCCAGCUCCAGACUGUCUCAGGGUGGUCAGCCUGAAGACAGCUUUCGAAAUGUUCCUCCUAUACCGAGUGAUUCCCAGAUACAGAUUCAGGAAGACGCUGUCACUGAAGAAGAUCUGAGACUGAUCCAGGAGAGAGAAUCAGCUAUAAGGCAGCUGGAGUCUGACAUCGUAGACAUAAAUGACAUCUUCAAGGACCUGGGCAUGAUGGUCCACGAGCAAGGAGACAUGAUAGACAGCAUAGAAGCCAACGUGGAGAAUACCGAGACCAAUAUCCAGAAAGGGAUGCACCAGCUGGCACGAGCUGCAGACUACCAGCAAAGCUCCCGGAAGAAGAUUUGCAUUAUAGUCAUAGUGUUGGUUGUCGUUGCUGUUGUAGUAGGACUAAUCAUCUGGGGCUCCUUGAAAGCCUGAGGGCUUUCUCCUCCUCCUCCUCCUUCUCCUGUGUUUAUCACCAUGGACCAAGGAUGAAAUUUCAUUCUUAAUCUUUUUCUUCUUCAAAAACUGACAGAGGGGGGGGAAAAAAGAUUGAAACGCCAUCUGUCUUCUCCUCUGUCUUUUUUUUGAAGCUUUUUAAAAAAAAUCAAUUAUGUUUUUAAGAUAUUGUAGUUCUCACUGUCAGGACUACAACCUUGUUCGCUGUAAAGCAAAUCUAGCUCUGGUAGCUUUAUUGUCAUGAUCAGUGUCUGAUUUAGGCAUGGUUUACUUUAAAAUGAAAGACUUUAUUGUUCAUCAGCUUGUCAGAUGAAGGAGGCGAGUAUUCGUGUUUAGCAGCAGUCAUUGUUGCUGAGUACGUCCUGCCCUAACAAUGUCGAGUCGCUCCAAUAAGUUGAAUGUACACAGUACACACAACGCUUUUGGGUGCAAUAAAGCAGCAUGUUGGUAGGGGAUGUUGCUGCAGCUGCCUGUUUUUGUCUGGUUACAUAUGCAAAUACUAUAAGUUUCUCAGCAAUAAAACAAUUAAGUGAAGUAUGUAAAUUAAGUGGAAAUGAACAAGCGGUAGGCAUAGGUUGCAGUAAAAUGUAGCCAAACUACAUUCAGAAUAUUUAAAAACAUUCCUCUGAGGGGCAACAGUGUUUUUAUCUGUUGUUUCCAAUAUUUUAAAUUAAAAUUAUUUGUUGAUUUUUAUUCAGUCUUAUGUAUAACAAAAAAUAAAAGCAAGUGCAACUUUGAUCUUGCUGUUAAGACGUUAGACUACACUCCAAAUAACAAGGGGAACGGUUUGUUAUUAUGAGACCAAUUCUGAAAAAAUUGCAGCGCUGUGUAAAAUGUAAGUAAAAGCAGAAUGCAGUGAACACAGAAAAUGUAGCCAACCAUGAAAAAAUGUUUUACCCAGCGUCCCCAUUUUUUUUUUCAAUAAUCAGGUUUGUACAUUCAGUACGGGACUUAUUUCUUUUAGCUUGUCAGGGAAAUCCUUUUCAUGGAAUUUCACUGCCUGUAACACAAAGGAUUGAAGUAAAAUAUUUACAGUAAAUAGUGGCAAGUCAAGUAAUACACAGUGAGAGCAUUUGUAGGUUAUUUGGCAUUCACCGGUGGUUCUCAGGAAAAGGCAUCUAAUUGAGCAAAUUACGUAAGAGCUGAAGGAAAGUUGUCACUAUUUUCUGUGAGAACUCUCUUAUCCCUUGUUUUUAAAAACAAAUAAUUAGAAGACCAAUUUUAAAGCAAAAUAUACUAAUGCAAAGUAUCCUAAGUUACCUUGUAUUAGUAAACACUAACACUGUUGUCAUGCUUCUGUAUUUGAACCUGAUGGAAAAUUCUGAGCAUGUGUAUAUUUUUUUGUGUGUGUGUGUGUGUGUGAACUGUCUUUUAUUUGCUGAAUAAAAAUUCUGAAUCUGAA